CAUGGAAGCCCAGAGGCGAAAUCAGCUUCCCGGGGACCCAGAAAAUUGCUGGAGUCUGGCGAGGGGCAAAUCAGGAAGUGUCUUUGUCGGAGAUGAGAUGGAACCCGGCUUUGGGGCGCAACCGGGCUCUGGGGGAGACCGCGUUUGUCCAGGUGGCAGGCCGCGCCUUCUGAUGGCUGUGAAGAGAAGGAGCGGGGGUUUUAAGAGGCACAGCGCCGCCGGGAGAGUGGAAAGGAGUAGAUUCGCUCGCGCCUGCUAUGCGAGGCGACUCCCCGCGAGACCCAUCCGCAGCCCCGCGCCCUUGGCCAGGAGGCCCGGAAAGCCACCGAGGCGGCCGAAAGGGGCCGCGGGGCACCCCUCGGCCCCUCCUGCGGCGGCUCCGGCUGCCCCUGCUCAGCCUCCCGCUCCCCGCCCCGAGUCCCAGCUCACAGAUUGGCCGCAGGGCUAGGGACAGAGGCCGCGGGGUCCCGGCCGUUCCGCCCGCUCAGCCGGAGCAGCAGCGCCGCCUGCCGGGGGCCUCGCGCAAGCGAGACAGGCCAGACGCCGGAGGCCGCGGGCGGCGGCAGCUUUAAGAGGCCGAACACACCAGCGCUCCCGUUCCGCCUUUUGAAAAUCAAAUCCCUUGGGCCUGGUGCCACCAUCGCCAGCCCAGGUCGUCCAGCUACAACAGGUCGAAGGCCAGUGCUCCGGGCCUUCUUCACCGAGUGGCUUCGGCGCUUGCGGCCUAGGCUCCCCGCACCUCCGCGCCGUAGUUGCGCGCGCCUUUUGAAAAGCAUGGCGUCUUCAAGUAUAAGGACAAAAACAACCGCGGACAUCACACCAUUCCAAAGAAGAAAAAGAAAGUGCCCGGAAUCUCAGGGCGCGACUUCCGCGGCGACGGGCGGCGGCAGAGAGGCGCUCACAGGGCUUCCUACCCGGCAGGAGGCCGCGGCGCCAGGACGUCACCUGCCGUCACCGCGCGCCACCCCUCGGGAGACGCCGCGAAUCUUUCCAGGGAAUCCCGGGCAGCGGCAGAGACCCAGGAAGGACCGGCAGCCGGCCGAGACCGGCCGCCUUGGGCGAGAGCAGCGGGACACCAGCCCCCGGGCGCCCGCUGGGAGCGCGGGGAAGCUCUGGGCUCAGGGAAGCUGCGCUCCCAGUGGCUCUGGGGGAGGGUCAGGGAGCCCGGGCCCCGCGGCGGCCGGGAGUGAAGGCGACUGGUCCGCGCCGGCCGCAGGGGAAGGGGCGCGUCGCCGCCGCCUGAGCUCUAUUUGCUCUAAUGGCUGGGAUAGAUCCGCGGAGAUACUUGAAUACCAGGCCGAACGCUUCCCCAAGGCGUGUUGUAGACAAAGGGCCCAUUUGAGCAAGAACAAAGAACAAAUUUCAUCCAUUUUUCUGUCUAAAACAUUCAAAGACUCAAAUCUAGACAAUAGUUUCUCUGAGAUAGAAGUGUUGGGGGGUGGGUGGGAAUAAACUAAAAGUUGGGGUGAAGAGCUUGUUUCUUGUCUAUUUUGUCUGACUAUAGAUUUGCAAAAGGAGCACCCUACUUUACUCAGUAAUACCAAGCCCUCCUAGAAACUUACCCACUCAACAGCUUCACAUGGCAUGAUCAUUUGAUGAAUCGCUUUUUAGUUUCCCAUUCUGGACAAAUAUCCACCCAAAAGAACCAAUCAUAACACUGGAUGUAUUAAUACAUGUCAAGACUCUCACUUCUCUGUAGAAAUGAGAAAUAAAUGUCGAUUGUUGGUUUUCUGUAGACUUGUGAUCACGCCCAAGAACUGUCAUUUUCCAGUUACCAGAAUCUGAAUCAUUGUCUAAUGUGCCAUGUAUAUAACAAUAUAUCACUGACAGCGA